CUUAUUAUAGUUUGUUGUUUGAUGAAUAUGCUGAUAAUGAGAAUGAGUUGCAACUUGCAACCUUCAGAAAAUCCUAUGAUAUUUCUUCUGUUGCUAUACAAACUAAGUAGGAAAUCAAGAAAUUUAUAGGGCUCUAACAAUAUGUCAAUGCAACUUGAUUUAUGUUGAACACCAUUAGGAUACAAAUGCUUUAGUUGAACCUAAUGGCGCACCUAAUGUCCUUACAGGUUUCCCAGGAGGACCUGCAACAAAGAGAUGGUCAGCUUAUUGAAGUUCUGAAAAAGGUUCAAACCAAAGCUAAGCUUGUUAGGAUUGGUUCCAUCCCAUUGACUGAGCUGGGAAGGCUAAAAGCUUGGAUAUUGAACACAGAAUUAAAUGGUAUGUGGGAUGCGCUCGUUGAAGUUGUAGCAGCUUUGCAACAUGCAGACGGAAGUGUCAAAAGACAGUGGCUUGUUGAUGCAGUUGAAAUUAGCCGUGUAUCUAGCUAUCCUUCCAUGGCAUUGCAAUUUCUUGGGUUGCUAUCUGGUAGCUGGAGCAAAUACAUUCCUCUUCUGAUUCUGGACCAAGAUACUGUGCUGAGCGAUUUACCUGUCACCCUUUCCUCUCUCCUCUCAGACUCUAGUUGGGGUGGAGUUGCGGAAUUUGUUGUUCCUUCUCUGUUUGCAUCGACAGAACGCAUUUACAACUGGGCUAUACAUAUCGCACGGUGUGAGGAUUUGCCGCCUGACAUGCAACCCAUUGAUAAAAGUGAGAAUUCCAUGGCUGUAUUCUUAUUGAGAGUGAUGCAUUGUACCUGUGUGUCUUUGAAGGAUUACCUGCCUCUGGAGAAGCAGCUUAAGCUUGCGAAUAUGGUGGUUGCUUGACAUACCUACCAGCAUUGCCUAUUUACAUAGUGUAGUGGCUGUAAAAAUGAAGAAGAAAAAAGAAAGUUAUCUGAUGCUUCUCUUUUAUGACAGUUAUCAUCUACACCUGCUUCCAUC